UGAGAGAGACAGUUCAGUGAGACACAGCCGCUGGUCUGGAAGAAGUGAAGAGGAAUUACAGAGAUGUCUGUCCUGAAGGAGAUGAGACCAAAUGUGAGGAACAUGAAGCAGUUAGAGUGUACAAGCCUGGUCAGACGAGCAAGCCAGAUCAAGGAAGAGCUCAAACAGGGAGUGAGAAAGCCAUACAAAGAGGUGAUAGAUGUCUUCUGGGGAGACCCACACACGGCAGGUGUGAAGCCUCUAUCAUUUGUCCGACAGGUUUUUGCAGCAUGUCUUUACCCUCAGCUGGUGGACAGUGACAAACUGCCAGUGGACGCCAGACAGAGGGCUCAGAUGCUGCUUAAGGGAUGUGCUGGAGGGAGUGUAGGUUCCUAUACUGCUUCAGCGGGUAUGCCAGAAAUAGUCCAGAGAGUCUCUGAAUUCAUAACGAGACGAGAUGGUGGAGCUCCAUCUUACCCUGAAAACAUAUACAUAAGCUCCGGCUCACAGUGGGCACUCACGAACAUUCUCAACGUCUUGGUGAACAGGAAAGCUUCACCCAGAACAGGUGUGCUGACUCCAUCGCCAUCCUACUCCGUUUCCAUUUUGUCCAUAAUGGAACUGGGAGCAGCUAUCGUUCCCUACGACCUCAAUGAGGAGCAGGGCUGGGAGCUGCAGGUGGAGGAGCUGCAUCGAGCACUGGAAUCUGCAAAGGGAGUCUGCAACCCUGUAGCCCUGUAUGUCAUCAACCCUGGAAAUCCCACAGGUCAUGUUCAAAGCCCGAAAUCAAUGCAAGAGGUGAUCCGGUUCGUUUCAGAGAAGAGGCUCUUCCUUCUGGCUGAUGAGGUCUAUCAGGACUGUGUUUAUGGGGAAAAGAGUGAAUUUGUCUCUUACAAGAGGGUUCUGUCUGAGAUGGGUCCUCCUUUUUCAGACACAGUGGAGCUGGCGUCCUUCCACUCAGCAUCCAAAGGCAUCCUGGGAGAGUGUGGUCUGCGUGGUGGGUAUGUGGAGCUGGUAAAUCUGGACCCUGCUGUUAUGAAAUACAUCUACAAACUGUUCUCAAAGGACUCAUGUGCACCUGUGUUGGGUCAGUUUGCCCUGGAUCUGAUGAUGAACCCUCCACAACCAGGAGAUCCCUCAUACCCACUUUAUUGUGUGGAGACACAACACAUCAGAACCACGCUGGUUAAGAAUGUAAAGAGAGUCUUUGAGGUAGUAAACAGUCUGCCGGGUUUCUGCAGCCAGCCAGUGGAAGGAGGAGCAUUUGCGUUCCCCAGACUGCAUCUUCCACCUAAAGCCAUUCAGAAAGCCAAGGAAAUGGGAAUGCAUCCAGAUGUUUUCUACUGUAUCAGACUACUGGAGGAGGCCGGUGUGUUUGUCAGUCCUGGUAGUCAGUACGGACAAAAGGAGGGCACGCACCACAUCAGAUUUUGCAUUAUGACCCCCGAGGACACAAUGGAAGAAUUACUGAGGCGCCUGACCAGCUUUCAAACCCAGUUCAUGCAGGAUUUUUCUUAAACAAGGGCACUAAGAAAAUAAGAGCUUCUUUUCACACUUCCAUCUAUCUGCAGUUCAACAAUUCAUUCAAACAAUAAAAAAGGAUC